UGGGGGCGGUGCGCAGAAGCGGCGCGGAGCGGCGGAGCGAGCGAGCGCGCCCGGCCCGGCCGCGGGACCCCCGAGCCCCGGCACCCUCCGGACGCCCGGCGAGCCCCCUCCCCGGAGCCCCCUCCUCCGGAGCCCCUCCGCCGGGGCUCACGGCGGCCGUGCACGGGGUGGGCGGAGCGGCCGGAGGCGGCUCCAGCCGGCGGCUCGCCAUGGCGCUGCCCCGCACGCUGGGGGAGCUGCAGCUGUACCGGGUGCUGCAGCGCGCCAACCUGCUGGGCUACUACGAGACCUUCAUCCAGCAAGGGGGGGACGACGUGCAGCAGCUCUGCGAGGCAGGCGAGGAAGAGUUCCUGGAGAUCAUGGCGCUGGUGGGCAUGGCCACCAAGCCCCUGCACGUCCGCCGCCUCCAGAAGGCCCUGCGCGAGUGGGCCUCCAACCCUGGGCUCUUCAGCCAGCCCGUCUCGGCUGUGCCUGUCAGCAGCAUCCCCCUCUUCAAGCUCUCCGAGGCCGGCGGGCGCAAGGCUCUCAGCAACGGGCACGCCAGCCCCAGCGAGGCCGGGGGCAAGGGGGGCGGCAAUGCUGGGACGCCCCCUGCCCGCAGCCCCACAGAGCCGGGGGAGAAGCUGUCGCCGUCGGCGGCCCCACCAUGGCCAGGGAGGAGCACCCCCGAGUCGGAGGGCGGUGGGGAUGAGGAGCCGGGGGGUCCCCCCUUCUCCCCGGGUGGGAGCAGUGGCGAGCAGCCGGCAGGCACGGAGACACUGGAGCCAGAGCUGGCACGGACGGUGGCAGAGAGUGUGGAGCGGCUGCUGCAGAGCUGCCCCCGGGGCGGUGAGGCCGAGCUGCGGGCGCUGAUGAAGCUCAACAAGAAGUUGGCCAAGGCCGUGGGGCACAUCUUCCAGCUGGAGGAUGGCGACCGGCACAAGGAAGAGGAGAUCCGCCGGCACAGCGCGAUCUACGGCCGCGGCGAGGCCCGGCGCCGCGAGGGCAAGCAGCUCACCCUGCAUGAGCUCAUCAUCAACGAGGCGGCCGCCCAGUUCUGCCUGCGGGACAACUCGCUGCUGCUGCGGCGUGUCGAGCUCUUCUCGCUCUCACGUCAGGUUGCACGGGAGAGCACCUACCUGUCCUCGCUCAAGGUCACCAGGGCACAUCCCGAGGAGAGUGGAGCCACCGCGGCCAAGCGGCUCAAGCAGGAGGCGGGGGAGCAGAGUCGCCCUGAGCUGCUGCCGCUGCCAGUGGGGCCGGAGCCUCCUGGGGCCGCGUUCCGAGUCAGCCUGGAGGAGGACACGGGCAGCCUCUCCGGGGAGAGCCUCGACGGCCACUUGCAAGCGGCAGGGGCCUGCCCGCGGCUGACGCCGCCACCUGGCAUGGCCCCCGACAUGCCCCUCGGCCUCCCCCCGCACGGGCUGUGGAGCCGCCACAUCCUCCAGCAGACACUGAUGGAUGAGGGGCUGCGCCUGGCCCGGCUGGUUUCGCACGAGCGUGUGGGGCGGCUCAGCCCCUGCCUGCCGGGGAAGCCCCCAGGACCAGAGUUCGAGGACGGGCUGGCAGAUCGGGGUGCCCCGGCCCCCCCGGAGCCUCCCCGUGGCACCAUCAAGGUGGAGCAGGAGACCAGCCGGCAGUGAGGCCCCCCGCAGCCCCCCACCACCAUUAACAAAGCAAUAAUGUGCUGGGGGACGGGUGCCGGCGGCGCAGCGGCGGUGCUCUGGGCACGGGGAGCGGGCGAGUGCUUGGCCACAGCCCCCCCCAAGGGCCCCGUCCCCUCUCGCACCCACGCUCUGGUUACCUCAGCCGCGGCGGGAUGCGCCUCCCCGCAGCAGCAAUACCCUCCUCCCUGGGGAGCCCUCGAUGGACUCAAGCCCGCUGUACAGACCCCCCCCCCCCGCCCGCACUGGGCUGCCCGGCCCCCCCCCGUCGGCUCCCCCCUCGUGCUGACCCCCCCGGGCCGCUUCGGCCAAGCGAGCCGUGUCCCCCACCACCGCGCAGGGACAGGCGCUUCGCCGCCGGCACACGAGCCGCCCGCAGCACCGCGUGCUCCCGCGUCAGCGCUGCCACCCACGCCGGGCACGCGGUGCCAGUGCUCAGCCCCGCGCACGCCCCCGCAGCACCCACGCCGCAGCCGCCAGCCCCCCCCCGCAGCACACACG